UUCUUAUAUAACAACCUUCCUCCAGCUGCUUUCCUCCUCCUCUUCUUCCUCCCCACACGCACCCAUCUUCCACUUCCCCGUGCAGCUAAUUGAUCGUUGAGCUUGCCCUCCAUCCUUCCCCAGGAGGUCCAAUUGCUCGCGCGCUUCCUCGCUUUGUUUAUUUCCACCCUUCCCUUCCUUUCUCUGUCCGACGUUCGGGUCUAAGAGCGCCGGUCGCCAUCCACAAUGCGUUUUAACACUGCUUUGACUUCUGCCCUGGUCUCCUCGGCCUCCAUCAUGAGCAUCGCUCAUGCUGAGGAGACUGAGAAGAAGCCCGAGACCACCGCUGUCGCCGACAAGCCUGAUUUCACCCCCACCACCCUUCAAGCCCCGUUCCUGGAGCAGUUUACCGACGAUUGGAACUCCCGGUGGACUCCCUCUCACGCCCAGAAGGAAGACUCCAAGUCGGAGGAGGACUGGGCCUACGUUGGUGAAUGGUCCGUCGAGGAGCCCACUGUCCUGAAGGGCAUUAAGGGCGACAAGGGUCUCGUUGUCAAGAACGUCGCUGCCCACCACGCCAUCUCGGCCAAGUUCCCCGAGAAGAUCGACAACAAGGACAAGACCCUGGUCGUCCAGUAUGAGGUUAAGCCGCAGAACUCUCUCGUUUGCGGUGGUGCCUACCUGAAGCUUCUUCAGGACAACAAGGCGCUUCACGCCGAGGAAUUCUCCAACUCCUCUCCCUACAUGAUCAUGUUCGGUCCCGACAAGUGCGGUGCCACCAACAAGGUUCACUUCAUCUUCCGUCACAAGAACCCCAAGACCGGCGAAUACGAGGAGAAGCACCUCAAGGCCCCCCCUACCGCUCGUACCUCCAAGGUCACCUCCUUGUACACUCUGAUCGUCAACCCCGACCAGACCUUCCAGAUCCUGAUUGAUGGCGAGUCCGUCAAGGAGGGUAACUUGCUCGAGGACUUCAGCCCUGCUGUCAACCCCGAGCAGGAGAUCGAUGACCCCAAUGACAGCAAGCCCGCCGACUGGGUGGAUGAGUCUAAGAUCGCCGACCCCGAGGCUUCGAAGCCUGAGGACUGGGAUGAGGAGGCUCCCUACGAGAUUGUGGAUGAGGAGGCUACCAUUCCCGAGGACUGGCUUGAGGACGAGCCCUCGAGCAUUCCCGACCCGGAGGCUGAGAAGCCCGAGGACUGGGAUGACGAGGAGGAUGGUGACUGGGUUCCCCCCACUGUCCCCAACCCCAAGUGCCAGGAGGCUGCCGGGUGUGGCCCGUGGUCUGCCCCUCUGAUCAAGAACCCCGAGUACAAGGGCAAGUGGUCCGCUCCUCUGAUCGAGAACCCGGCCUACAAGGGACCCUGGGCUCCUCGCAAGAUCGCCAACCCCGACUACUUCGAGGACAAGACUCCUUCCAACUUUGAGCCCAUGGGCGCUAUUGGUUUCGAGAUCUGGACCAUGCAGAACGACAUUCUGUUCGACAACAUCUACAUCGGCCACUCCGUUGAGGAUGCUGAGCAGCUGCGCCACGAGACCUUCGACAUCAAGCACCCCAUCGAGCUGGCUGAGGAGGAGGCCAACAAGCCCAAGCCGGAAGAGAAGGUCGACGAGCCCAGCGUCAGCUUCAAGGAGGACCCCAUUGCCCACAUCAAGGAGAAGGUUAACAACUUCGUCCACCUCACCAAGCAGGACCCCAUCAACGCCGUGAAGCAGGUUCCCGAUGUGGCUGGUGGUCUGGCUGCUCUGCUCCUCACGAUGGUUCUUGUCGUGGUGGGCGCCGUCAGCGCCAGCACCCCGGCCCCCGCUCCUGCCGCCAAGAAGGGCAAGGAGGCCGCCGGAGCCACCAAGGAGAAGUCCGAGGCCACCAGCUCUUCCGCUGACACCGGCAAGGGCGGUGCUACCAAGCGCAACACCCGCUCGUAAACAGGUGCAGUCACCAGGGAGACCUUCCACGGGGCAGAACGAGGGGAAGUGAUUAAAAGCGAAAACGGCGGAGACAAAAAAAAAAAAAACGACACCACCAACAACAAACUAGGGACAUCCCCAACCACUUUGUGUUUCAAUCUUAUACCUGUUGCAGCGUUCAAUCAAUUGAUUCAUUCUGAAUUCGCGGUCCAAGGCAGGGGCGGUUGUGCAUCAGACACAGACCGGGCCUGUGAGGGCAGAUGAAUACCAGCACCCAUCAUCUUGUCCUAGGAGGAGAGCCCUAUGCAAAUGAGACUUGUAAAGUAGCCUACGAAAGAAAGUGCCAUUGGUUCAUUUAGUUCAUAUUCAUAAUUCAAGACUUUUUUCGGGAC